AUGCUCUUUGUCAUCAUUUUGCGUUUGGUCCAAAGGGGCCAAAAGGUAUUACCUUUACGCCCAAGACUAUCCAAUCCCCACAAUAGAGAGAAGCAUUGGACAGUCAUAGAGAAUGCAGAACUCAUGAGCGCUACAGAACCAAUCUCCCCCAGACCCAGCUGCUGGGCAAACCAGUCGAAUGUCUCAGAGUUCCUCCUCCUGUGGCUCUCCAGGCAGCCCCAGCAGCAGCAGCAUCUGCUCUUCGGGCUCUUCCUGAGCAUGUACCUGGUCACAGUCCUGGGAAACCUGCUCAUCAUCCUGGCCAUCAGCACAGACUCCCAUCUGCACACCCCCAUGUACUUCUUCCUCAGCAACCUGUCUUUUGUGGAUGUCUGUUUUUCUUCUACCACCAUCCCCAAGAUGCUGACCAACCACAUACUUGAGAGUCAGUCCAUCUCCGUCCCUGGGUGUCUCACACAGCUGUAUUUUUUCAUUGUGUUUGGGGACAUGGACAAUUUCCUUUUGGCAGUGAUGUCUUAUGACCGGUUUAUGGCUGUAUGUCACCCCUUACACUAUACAACAAAGAUGACCCAUCAGCUCUGUGCUCUGUUGGUUGUCGGAUCGUGGGUCACUGCCAAUCUGAAUGCUCUGCUGCAUACCCUGCUGACAGCGCAACUCUCAUUCUGUGCCGACAACACAAUUCCCCACUUCUUCUGUGACCUGCUUUCUCUCCUGAAACUCUCCUGCUCUGACACACGCUUCAAUGAGAUGAUGGUUCUUAUUGAGGGAGCCCUGAUAAUGAUGACUCCAUUUGUUUUCAUCCUGAUUUCCUACAUUUGCAUCACCUGUGCAGUGUUGAGAGUCCCAUCCACAAAGGGAAAAUGGAAAGCCUUCUCCACCUGUGGCUCCCACCUGGCUGUGGUUUCCCUCUUCUAUGGCACCAUCAUUGCUGUGUAUCUCAACCCUGCAUCCUCCCAUUCAGCUGAGAAAGACACCGCAGCUACUGUGAUGUACACAGUGGUGACCCCAAUGCUGAACCCUUUCAUCUACAGCCUCAGGAACAAGGACAUGAAAAGGGUUCUAAGAAAACUGAUUGACAGGAAAACAGGUUCUAGCUGGUGA